AUCAUAUAUAUAGUUAAUACUAAAUCCAAUAUAAUAAAAAAAAAUAUUCUUUUAUAACUUUAUACGAAAGUUUCUCGGUUAAAAAAAACAAAAUGUCAAUAUAUAAUAUAAUUAAUGACCUCACUUUUACUGAACAGGAAAAAACAAAACUACGCUCCUAUUUCUUUAAACACUCUGACAAAGUAGAUAUGGCAAUGGAAAUUCUGAAUAGUUGUAAUUCGCCUAAAGAGAAAUUUGACUUCAUGAGGGAGACUUUUUUGAAACCUGAGCCUGCGGGUAUGUUAGAUAAAAUAUUUGCCGUUACAAUUGUUUGUGACGCUACUCUUUUUGUUCUUUAUCACGUGCCUGCAUUGACGUAUUGUGACUCACGAAAGUCUUCUUCCUUGUAGAAAACAAAGGAUCUCCUGAGGAUUUAUAUAUUAUCAUAGAUAACUCGAAUUUCUAUAUUGGGGCGUUUAAAUCCAUCUGUCAGAUGGAGGGUCUAAGCGAAAAUUUUCAACUUUUUAUCGACUACGGAAGACUUCUUCGAGUCAUCCAAAAAACUCGUAAUCUAGGUCGCCCUCCAAUUAUCAUUGGUUUCCGACCACCACCUCUUGAUUCCCUAUGGAAUCGCAUUAGAAGGGACGGGUAUGAUAUACAUAUCUAUGAUAAGAUUAUCAUAACAACAAAUAAUGAAACUGUAACAAAAGAGAAAAUGGUUGAUAAUGCAAUUGGGUUCCAUAUUGAUGAAGUGAUAUUUACAAAGACACCUGCGACAAUAGCACUUGUCUCAGGCGAUUGUGAUUAUUUUCGAAAUAUCCAGGGUGCUCUGGAACGAAAAUGGAAAGUUGAAUUGUGGGCCUGGCAUUCGGGUAUAACCAAUUAUCAUUAUUUCUACUCAGACCCGUUAUUUUAUGCCAAAAAUAAUAUGUAUUCUCCAGGUGUAGUGAAGAAACCAUUUCUUCAAACCACCUUCAUUCCUCUUGAUAAUUAUUACAAGAUUUUUUCUUGGGGCUACGGGGUAGCUAAUACUGAGGAAAUGAAGAUCCUUCAGUUAUCUGAUGGUGAUGAGAUACGCAUUUGGGAAAACGAUGAUGUGAUGAAUUGUUAUGUUGCAUUAGAUCUAUUUGGAUGGUGGCACCGAUAUAAACGAGGAAUCUUACUCUUAUAUUUUCGAAGUAAUGAAGAAUUACAAAAAGCGCAGUUGUGGGUACAUGAGAAACACCCUAAUAUACGGGUUAAAAAGUUAUAAAAUAUUGUUGGUGGGAAAAGUCUGAAAGAUGAUGUCAUUUACUUAUGCUAGCGAAUUUGUUAAAUCUGAUCUUUUAUUGUUGCUUUAUAGCUUAGCAUAUUGUUUCUAAUCUUUUAAAUAUAAUAAAAUUUACAACAAGAAAUUAAUUUUUAUUCUUGAAUAAUACUACUAUUGAGAAAAGAAUAGAAAGGGCAAGGAAGAAAAUUUUUAUAACGAAUAUUUAAAACCGCCUUUA